UGAGUCACUUCCCGUUCGGUUUGCUUUGAUUACAACCCUUUUUGUUUACUUUUGCCGUUUCUUUCAUAUAAGCGUUGUAUACGUACAUCCUUUAAAGAACUAACUAUUUAAGUGUUUUAAGAACCUUGUAAUCAACCGUAUUCUUAUUCAAUCAUCAUGUCUCGCUUUAAUUAUGGCAAUAAUCCUCAAUACCCUCCACCACAAAAUACUAUUUAUCCUCAAUUAUAUAACCCGGUCAAUGCACCUGCUCCUGGUCCUGGACAACCAGGAAAUCCAUAUUAUGGAUAUCCAGCUCCGGGCCAACCUUACCCAAAUGAGCCUGGGUUUGCUUUUCCAUACCAGCCAGUGCCCAUCCAGCCCACUAGUGUUCCCGCAGCAAUGUCAUAUCCGAAUGUAAUGCCAACUGCACCACAGUAUCCAGGACAACCUAUAGUGGCACCAACGCAGCCUUAUGUAGGAGGAUCUCCAGUCGAAUGGAUUCCAACCACACCAAGAGAUGCUUUCACUUUAAGCGAUAAAGCGAUUGUUGCUGGCUAUGAGGGUUACGACCAAAGCCCUCUUUGGGUGAUAAGAGCUAGAUAUGGAGGAGAUUUGAUCCCGGGCAAACUGGCCAUUAAACACCAUGCUGCAUAUGUUCCUUGGGGUGGAAACGAAAACGCUGUCCAGAAUAUUGAGGUAUGUUGUGCCCCACCUGAGAGGGUUCGUUGGGUCGAGGGUCGUGAGGGCGUUAUUCCACCAAACGCUAUUGUGGGAGGAAACACUUCAUCUGGUGAACCAUUGUACAUUGGAAGAGCAAAAGAACAGGGCUCUUUAACUCCUGGAAAGGUACAUCCAAGUCACAAAGGUAUGUAUAUAUCAUUUGCGGGCAAAGAGAUAGCCCAUAAAAUAUAUGAAAUACUUUGUCAUGCUUAGAAUUUUGAGAUGAUUUUCAAAUAAGAUAUUAAAACAUCAU